AUGCCUCACCGUGAAGACACGCCCACACCCGACAAUGGCUUUUAUGUCGUGGUUACUGGAGCCAACAGUGGUCUGGGACUUGGUAUCGGAACCCGCCUGAUUGACGAAUUCCUGCAAACUCGCCCCCAGAACGAGUCCCUCGUCCUCAUCAUCACCACACGCGACCAACGCAAGGGCGAUGCGACAAUCGAGAAGCUAGAACAGCACCUUCGGAAAGUCAUCCGCAGCCAUGAACAAAAACUACCGGGCAUCGCACAGGUGCUGCAGAAUCGCGUGUCUUUCCGCCAGGAGAGACUAGAUCUUCUCAGUCUGGUCUCAGUACAGAAGCUGAGCAAGAAGCUCCGGGAAACAACACCAAAGCUCGAUGCAGUCAUCUGCAAUGCUGGCAUUGGUGGAUGGACUGGCAUCAAUUGGCCCGGUGCCAUAUGGGCAAUCCUCACCAAGUGGAGAACGGCCAUCACUUGGCCUACAUACAAGAUGUCUGGCGUUGGAUGGACAGUAAAAAAUCCGCAAAUACCUGCGGACAAGAAGAUGGAAGAAGAGCCUCCAUUAGGCGAGGUCUUCUGUGCUAAUGUCUUUGGGCAUUACCUCCUUGGUCACUACCUCGCACCCUUGUUGGCGAGACACCCCAAGAGUGAGAAGACAAGGGGGAGGAUGAUUUGGGUCAGCAGCUUGGAAGCAUACGACCAUGUAUUCGACCUGCAAGACAUGCAAGGCAUUCUGUCAGACAUGCCGUACGAGGGCACCAAGAGGCUGACCGAUAUCCUGGCCAUUACUUCUACACUGCCCUCAACAACAAAACCUGUUGACGAAUAUCUCCAUCACGCCCAAGAUUCGGAAAAGACUACGAAGCCGCGACUAUACGUUUCUCACCCUGGCAUCUGCGCUACCUCGAUCGUACCUCUCCCCCUCAUCCUUCAAUGGUGCAUGGUCAUCUCCUUCUACAUUGGGCGAUUGCUUGGCAGCGACUGGCAUACGAUUGAUGUCGAGAAGGGCGCAACGGCAAUGGUCUGGUUGGCACUUGCUAGUCAGAGCACGCUGGACAACAUGGAGGCAAAGGAAGGCGUGGGCAAGUGGGGAAGCGCGACCGAUGUUUGGGGCCGAGAACGUGUGGACCGCACAGAAGUGACGGGAUGGGGUUGGGGAGGCAAGAUGGGCGAAUACAAGAGAAAGGGAAGGGAUCCAUACGCGACAGACCUGACCAAGGAGAGCCAAGAGCGCUUCACGGAGAAGGGGAGGAGGUGCUGGGAGGAGAUGGAGAAACUGCGCAUCGAGUGGGAAGAUCGGCUGCGACAGGCUGGAGUCGCUGUUGAGAUGGAGUGA